CACAUAAAUGUUAUAUCAAUUAUAAAUUUUACAUUCGAUUUUGGUUAAUACUUAUCGAUUUGUGUAUUCGAUAUCAAUGAAGUUUUUAAGCGCCCUGGCACGAUAUCCACCAAUUUAUGUGGCGGCAUUUUAUGGACACACUGGUCGUAUUUUUGUUUUGAUCGAGCGAGUACUUUGUGAAUUUGUUACAAUUCUUAUUUCAAUGAGCACAGUAUCAUGCCAAAUAAUUCAAAAAAAUCAGACUUGUCUGAACUGAAGACUCCUACAAGACCAGCAGCAGCAAACAGCACCAACAGCAGUGUGAACUCCACGCCAACAAACAGCAGCCGGCGACCAUCGCGAAAGCGGCGUCGAUUGGAAAAGGAUAACAAUGGACAGCAGCGACGACCGAGCUUUGAGCUGGAUGAGUGCAACAUUGAGGAUGUGAAGGAGAUUGAUCGACGGCUGCGCAAGGUGGCUCGCGUGAAUGCCAUCACCAGUGAGGAUAUGCACAAGGUGGUCCGCAGUGUGGUACGCAAUGAGCACGUGUUGGCGCUGGUUACGCUCAAGGCUGAGGACGAAUUGGCACGCGAAAAGCGUGAGGCGGAAGCCCAAGAGAAGCUGCAACAACAGCAGCAACAGCAGCCGCAACGUGGUGCCAUUAUUAUCACCGAGACCCCAUCGGUGGCCAAAUUAACGCGAGCCAAGGCAAGAGAAUUGAAUCGCACGCCAGGCAUAACGCUGCCUCCUCUGAAGGAUACUUCGGUGGAUAAUGAUAUUGAAGCGUUAAUACGUGAGGACUUGCACUCAGACGAGGAGGACGAGGAGUAUACAUUCAAGGAAGAUGAUUUUCAUUCGGAUGAGGAUCCAAAUACAACUGCUUCGGAUUUCGAUUCGAAUCCUUGCACACCACAAACACCGAUGACUGCCAAUGAGGACUCGCCAGUAAAAUUCAGCUCCGAUGGCUGUUUUAAGCUUCCAUUGGAUAAAAAUACCGAGGAUCCGCGAAUUGCAACGCGAACUCGUUCUAAGCUAUGUCUUCAGCAGACAACUAUUGAGGAUUUGCAGUCGGAGUUUGUGCCCCCAGAUGUCGAGGAACCUAACGAUGUGCACGAGAACGAUAUGACAGCCAACGAUGCGGACUGGAUGCAGUUUCUCAACGACUUCUCCAAACCAUUGAGCAACAGCUUCCUGGGCGACGAUGACGAUCCCAUUAAUGAUCCCGAGUAUGUGGCCGCCGAGAUGGUGCCCGUAGAUGCCGAGGAACUGCGUGAUGUGAAUAUAUCAAAGAAGGAACUAACUGACUUGGUCUCGGAACUGUUUGCCGGCCUCUUGCAGGAAGGCGUUUCACUCGAUUCCAUAGAAUUGGAGACGCCUCAAAAGUUUCUCACCAAUCAAGUGGACUCACAGCCAUCUGUAGUCCUGCCAAGUGAUCCCGUGGAGCAGGUGACACGUCUGAUCAACUUUGACAGUCCACCCCGACUUGCGCCAGUCAGCCAUUCAAUAACACCAUGUCCAACUCCGGCUGCAGCACCAAAUGCAGCUGAGCUGUCGGUGGUAUCGCACACGGAACUCGCCACUUUCCAGCCGGACGUGAUGUCCACGCCCAGCACAUUAUCCCAUGUGGUAGCAGACACUUCUUUGAAUAGCUCUCACUUGGAUGCAACCGGCACUCUUAAAUUAUUAAGCGUACCAACGCAUGAUUUGGAUCAGCCAUCCGAGUUCAUUGCAGUGCCACUGCCAGGACAACCCAACUGCUUUCAGCUGGCCAAAGUGUUGGAUCCCGCACCACCUCAAGCGGAGCUCCCAUCAGAGACCGUAUUGGAGGAGUCCACAUCAGAAGAGCCAUAUGACCUCAAUUUCUCAUGCAAAUAUCUAUCGGUUCGCAAGCAUAUUCACUCCGAGUACGAAGAGCAAUUUGAGAGUCUGCGGCACUUGAAUCCAAUACCCUCAUAUCCGGCCACAAAUACCAUGGGCUUCACUCAGGAUAUGCACGAUAUGCUGCAGCAACAAUUGCGCCUGCACACGCAGCUGCUGACGCAGUCGUUCGUGCAAACUUACUCCCAUCCCACUCUGUAUUCCAUGGCCCAUAAGCCCAGAGAGAUGUUGCAGGAGUUACUGCAGAGAUCGAGCAAAGAUGCGAGUUUCAAUUGCUGGAAUUUGAGUAGAGCAAUUGAGCUGGUUAAAAAAUGGGAGCAUGAGCUAAGCAGCGACGAGUUUGAGGAGCAGAAUAAAGCCAUGAUGCAAUUCAUUAACCGGGAGGCGCAAUUGACCGAAUCGAAUCAUCGGCAGGUGCCACGCCUGCCGCCCCGCAUCAUGGACCUCAUGCUGGACAGUCCAGUGUUUAUGUAUCCACAGUAUCUGCCUCGCAUGGCUUUCCAGCCAAAAAAUGUCCAAUUCACCGCCUAUGCGCCGUCGGAGUAUCAGCUUAUUGCUAUGGGACUGGAGAAGCAUUUGAAUGUGAUAAAGAGCGCCAAGAAGCCACUGCGUAAGCACGCAGAUCCAGUGCGUGUGGCAUGCAAGCGCAUGGCUAAGGAUUUGAUACAUGGCAAAGAAUAUAGACGAAUCUUCUUUAAAGUCAACGAACUAUGCGAAGGAACGCAUUAUAAUCCUAUUAAGUAUUACUUUGAGCAUCAGCGUGCGCCGCCCGUCAAUCGCAUGAUUUUGGGAUUCAAAGACGGCGUAGUGCUCACCCCUCGGGAACAGUAUCAUCUGUUGGCUAACGCCUGGAAAUAUUAUAUCGGGCAAAAGUGGGACAACACAAAACGACCGCGCCGCUACAGCAAACCCACGAUUCAAGCUUCGCCAGCAGCAAGUGCAUCAUUCUUAGAAUUUGUGCGCGAAGCAGUUGGCGAGGAUUUGGUGCUACCCGAUAGUUUGGGCGAGGCUGCGGUGCCUCAUGGCAGCGCUACAAGUCAUUUGUCGCAGGGCUCAGUUACCACAUCAUCAGCACCAAAGAUAUGCAAAAACAAGCCCAAAAAGAAAUCCCGCGCUCCGGCCAGAAAUCAAGCCAACGCGUCAUCACUUACCAUCAAUGUUAACUACGUUUUUGGCGGUGGACUAACUCCGCAGUCACAAUGCGCUGGUGUAUCCGUGCCACUGUUGCCUGGCCCUUUUGCUGAUAACGUUGCCAAUAUAAAUCGAACACUUCACACCAAUGAAGAAUCUACUGCCUUGGAUCUUCCGCCUCCUAUUCCACCAUUGCCCGACGAUGCGCUGCCGGCAGUUAACUUUAACUUCGAUCAUGUAUCGCAGACGGUGCAAAUCAUAGAAUUGGAUAGAUCUGCAGAGCGGACAGAUAAUAUAAAUCUUAAGGAUCACACAACAUCUGUCAAGAGCAAAAGGGCGCGUUGUUGCAUUUUAAGAAGGGGUAUCGUUACCUGCUAUAAACGACGCAAAGGAUUAAAAGGACGAAGUCGCUAUCAUUUAUUGCGCCAACGUUUGCACCACAAGCUCAGGCAACGUUGCGCGUUCCUAAUUACCUUGUAUACCAGCUACCUGCAAGAACAGCGCAAUCUAUAUGACCACGCCGAGGCUGUGCAGAUUUGUCACAGACGCUUCUUGGCACUCGAACUGUACACACAACUUUUGGUCGAUUUGAAGAUGUUUACUCAAGGCAAGCAGCAAGAGGAAGCUGUGGCAGCAACGGCAAGCUCGCCCCAGCAACAGCAGAAGCGACAACGAUGCGAAGAAGCUGCUCGCAAUCGCAGAAUCAAUCGGCAGGAGGAAAUGCUGCGCCAUAUGAUGCGCCCAGAUAGUGCUGAGGAGCGCAAUCGCAAAGAUGCCACAUUUGCCUUUAACUUUUACGACAAAGUGGAGGAGGCUUUGUUUUCAUCAAAUCGCUUGGAAGAUUGCCAAAAGUUCAAUCAGUUGUUGCAAACGUUCGAUCCCAAGAAGGACAAAGUAUCGGAUUUAUACUUGAAAAUAGAAAAACUAUUGCUGCCUGAGCAUCCGGAGUUGGCUGAAGUGUUCCUCAACUUUCUGCUACCUGAGGAAGCCGCCGAGCUAGGCAAAUUUUUUGAAUACUUCAUGAUCACCAACUCCAGCAAUUUUAUAAACAAACUCAACAUAUAUUUCUGCAAGCAACCGGCACAAAUACGCAAAAUUUAUGCAUGCCUUAGCGAGUUGGCCGAGUUGCCAAGUGUGAGCAUUAAAAAGGUUGAGUCCAAAAUCUUGCCACUGCUUAAAGGUAAUCAGUUCCUAUGUGAUUGGUUUUUGCAGCAAUUUCCACAGGCAAAACCACCCAAAAGAAUGAUGCCACCUGUGGAGACAAUCAAUAUGCAUGAGGUGCUGAACAACAACAGCGGCGAGUUUGUGGAGACUGUCAAUGAAUUGUUGGAAGAUGUGCCUGCUCAGAGCAAGCCACCUGGUUGCCAACUGCGAUAUCUUAAUGGUCGCAUAUUCUAUGGCUCCAAAAUUAUGCUCCCCGCAAAAUUAUCCUUUCGAGCUGCCAGCAUCUACAAUGAACAACAUAAUGAUGCGCUGAUUGGAGAGAAUUUCACUUGUGCUCAUGGUGUGCGAGCCCAGGGAGAGAAACUGAUUAGUGCUGCAGCUGCUGUGGAUAGUGAUGAUGCCGCUGAACGCAGCGAAGAGGAUGAUGUGAGUCGUGCCUUAGUCAUUGACACUACAACGGGGGACGAGGAAAACAGCUGCUCCUCCCUCGAUAUGUGCGAUGAUGUGGCAUUAAGAGCACAUGCAAUGCGACUGAAUGCCAGCUAUUAUAGCAACAACUUCAACAGUGCAACCACCAGCACACCAAAUGUUAGUAGUGGGCAUCAUCAUGCUCAGCAUCAUCCAAAUGCUAAGAAGACGGCCAUUAACUUUGGCGAAAUGUCGCCACGUCGUCAAAAUUCGUCGAACGUUUCGCCUUUGUCGGGUGUGACUCCAUUUGGAGCAACGGCAUCAACAAGCAACGCAUCGCCGCAGUCGGAUAAAAGGAAAUCACCAAGCAAGAAAGUUCGCUCGCCUUUGGCUCAGACGCAAUCGCGUCCACGUUAUAACAACCAACCCAUGGUGGUAAUCCACGAGCCUCAAAUGCGUUCAUCGGCGCCCGUCUCGCCAGCUAUCGAAUGUGCCAAACGCUUGCGUACUCUGAUCGAUCAGGAAAGUGUUAUUCCAGAUGAGGUAGACAGCAAAGUUGGCAUUCGUAUCAUUGCACAGGCGAAACAAAGCCCAGAGCCGCCAGUAACUAAAGUAGAAGGGGGAAACGAUAAAGAGCAAACUGUACCAGUAAUUAAAAUGGAUGUGGAGAAUUCUGGUGAUGAACUGGAGUCAUUAAGUGCCUGCAGUACUCCACAACAUGUGAUUACCACACAGUUUGACAGCGAUGAAGACUGCAAACUGGAUGUUGUGGCUACGCUAGCAAACUGUACAAAUAAGGAGGAUGAUGAGACCUCGCCAGCUGAGUCAACUGCUGAAAAAGCAAAUACAGCUGCAUCGCCAACUGCAAUAGCAAGCACUUCGAAUGCCUGGAAGCGUGAAGAGGAUAAAAUCAUAUUGAUUGAAAUGAAGAUGGGCGCAAGAGAUCGCCAGCAUCUCAUUCAGAGGAUGGUCGCCAAGCUUCCACAUCGGAAUGAAACCGAACUGCGAGCUCGUCACCAAUUUUUGAUGGAUUUUCUGUCAAAGCUUCAGGGCAAAUAAAUAAAGAAUGUUACAUAGAGAUAACAAAUUAAUUUAUGUGGAGAUAGGUGUACAUAAUUUUUGAAUUGCUAUGAAAUUAAGUAAAGCUCCGUAACUGUUAACAUUCUGUUAUGUAAUAUUAAUUUCUAUAUCUGUAAUACAUAAAUAUAAAUUUAAGCUAUCUAAGAACGUAAUUAUGGAAAUGAAUGAAUUACAAUGUACAUAAUAAAUAAGUGAACUAACAAUAUCCCAAAUAC